CUUCCGGAAUUUUACAGAACGAAUGAUGAGUAUAUAUGCUUGAAACCAGACUUUCUAUUGGUUCAGUUGACGAAACGAAGGCGAAGCUAUCGUGGUAAACAGCAGUGAUUGUUCGUUGCCCAACGUUGUAAUAUUCUCGACGUAUAUACUGCUAAGAUACACGUAUUUGGAAUAAGGGAUACCAGUGUUAUAAGUUUAAAUAUUGAAUUCUGAAAGAUUGCAACCCAGACAUGGGGAAGGAUUAUUACAAAAUCUUAGGCAUCUCAAAAGGGGCAUCUGAUGAUGAGAUCAAGAAAGCGUACCGUAAACUUGCCCUCAGAUAUCAUCCAGACAAAAACAAGUCACCUGGAGCAGAAGAGAAAUUCAAGGAGGUGGCGGAAGCGUACGAAGUGCUGAGUGAUAAGAAGAAGAGAGAUGUGUUUGAUCAGUUUGGUGAAGAAGGCCUGAAGAGUGGUUCAGCAGGUGGCAGUGAAGGGCCUGGGGGUGGAUUCACCUACACAUUCCAUGGUGACCCUCGUGCUACAUUUGCCCAGUUCUUUGGUACUCCAAACCCAUUCCACACAUUUUUUGACCUUGGUGGAUCUGGAGGUAACCGAAUGUUUGGCUUCCAAGAUGACAUGGAGUUGGAUGAUGAUCCAUUUACAACCCUAGGAAUGGGCAAUGCAAGGCCCGGGGGUCCUGGUGGGGCAUUCCGGUCACAUUCUUUUAACUUCCACACUGGCUCUCCUGUUCGUGGGAAGGACAAACUUCAGGACCCGCCCAUAGAGCAUGAUCUGUAUGUCACCUUGGAGGAUAUCACUCGUGGCUGCACAAAGAAGAUGAAGAUCUCGCGACGUGUCCUCCAGCCCGAUGGGUCCUCGCAGAAAGAAGACAAAGUGUUGACUAUCAAUGUGAAACCAGGCUGGAAGGCAGGCACAAAGAUAACGUUCCAGAAGGAAGGGGACCAGUGUCGCAACAAGAUUCCUGCUGAUAUUGUGUUCAUUAUUAGGGACAAGCCACACGCACUGUUCAAACGGGAGGGCAGUGACAUCCGGUACACAGCCAGGAUCUCACUUAAGCAGGCAUUAUGUGGUUCAAUCAUUAAUGUUCCUACACUUAGUGGAGACAAGAUUCCUAUCAACCUGAUGAAUGAGAUUGUGAAACCAGUAACUGUAAAGCGAAUCCAGGGCCAAGGACUUCCAUUCCCUAAGGAACCUAGUCGAAAGGGAGACCUCAUAGUCUCAUUUGAUAUAAAGUUCCCGGACAACAUCACACAGAGUGUGAAAGACAUCUUAUAUGACACGCUCCCUAACUGACAUUGUUGUGAGAGAGUGCGUUUGUUAGUGUGGAGGCUGCAUGGAAGAACAAGGAGUGACUCUCCAUGCAACAUGUUCAUAUCACAAUGUGAGUCUGAUUCACCUCAUUACAUCCGGUAUCACCGUUUCACGUAUGUGAGUUACAUUUGUGUUGGCCGGCCUGGGUAUGACUGUUGAGUGUGACUUGAAUGAUUUUUCUUAUCAGGCGUAAUUGCAUUGUAUUUUAGUUCUGUUAACGGCAUAGAAACCAGUCCCAACUGAGUUACUUUUAUGUUCUACGUGUGUUUCCAUUUCUCUCAGUUGGCUAGACUAUAUUUUGUACGUUUUAGUACAACGCUUUUAUAAAAAGAAACAGUUUCGCUCCUAAUCUUGUACAUAUGUUUCAGCACAAUGUAUUAUAAAAUGUAGAUAGAACAAAUCAAUUUGUAUAAUAAAUAUGGUACCUAAAUGUG